AUGCUGGCCGGGAGCCCCGGAGCCCAGGGCUCUGUGGCCGGCCUGGGCGCUGACCCCUCGGGCACCCUCGGCCCUCGGGAGAGCGGCGGACGCCACCGACCUGGCGCUUACCUAGAUAUGAAAAUCUAUCUAGAGAAAAAUUUAGAAGAAGAACGCCAGAUAUUACUGCAGCAACAAAGAAUAUGUCGAAAUCGAGCGCGGAAAUAUUUUGUGGAGUCAAACCGGAGAAAAAAAGCUUUUGAAGAGAAACGAAAAGAACAGGAGGAAAAAGAAUACCAAAUGAGAGAGCAAAUACUUCAGCAGAGAAAACAGAAGUUUGAGGAGGUUACUGAGAAAUUUCAACGUGCACAUAUUCCUCUCUCUCAGAGAAGGAGACCAGUUUUUCAAAAACCAGUUCCUCCAUUAGAAGAGGCCCUCAAACAAAUUCAAGAAUCCAACUUAAAAUCAGAAGUAAGCCUUCCUCUUUCCCACAGAUCAACUGUAAACUGGAAAGCUGUAGAAGCUGCCUUGCCUUCAGCAUUGUCAAAAAAUGAUCUCAAGCAUCAGAAACAUCUCUUAUGCAAAAUCAGCUGUGAUAAGGAAACUCCACAGGACAACAAUAUGACAAGCCUAACUGCUAACAAAAAUAUGUUCCAACUUAAGCUGGAAGAAACUCAGAAACUCCUAGAAGAUCAGCAUUUAAGUAGUUUGCAAAAAUUUUGUGAUGAAGUUAAUCAGAUAAAUACUGAAACUCUCUCCAGUAUAGACAGUCUUGAGGCUGGAGAACUUGAAGAAAUAUAUGUAGCACUUGAUAAGGAGUCCACUGCAUGGACACAACAAAAUGCUGGAGUUUCCCUUAAGUCAGCACAUCUGCAGUCAGCUACUCUCAACUGCUUUGAUGAAGACAAACUGUCAGUCUCUAAAACUCAACAUAUAAACGACUGGCUCACAAAUCUAGAUGUUCAGAAUACUCAGUCUAUCACACCUUACUCAGAUAUUUUAAAUAAAUCUAGUGUUCUUUCUUCAUGGGAAUGUUUUGGAAAUAAAGAACAAACUCCAUGUACUCUGAGUAGAACUAUGCAGAGAGUCCCAAGUACUGCAAAUGAUUCAGGAGUCUUUGUAUGCAGUGCACCCAGAGUUGCACUGGGUAGAAAAAGUGAAAAAGCCUCAGAAACUAGUACUGUGAGGACAAGUGACACCACUCCUGGUACACUCAAAAAGGAGAGGCCAUCAGUCACUGAGAGAACAACAUUUAAAGUCAUCAAAGCCUGGACUACUCCAGCAUCUCACACACAGAAAGUAGGUCCACGGUCAAGCCCAGGCAAACAGCCUGAAUUCACUCAAGAGAACAGAACCUCUUCAUCUCCCGCUUCAUCUGUACCAGUGGUAACACCUCUUGUUCCGUCAUCUAAAGCACAGUCUGCCAGGCCUUUCGCAAACAGCAAUAUGCACAUUAAAGAAGUUGACCCAGUUCAGUGCUCUGAUAAGUCAGAGGAACUGAAAGAUGUUAAAAAUGAAAACACAAAAUAUUUUAACUGUAAUGAAAAAGAGUCACCUUUAUUUUCAAGAAAUCUUCAAGCCACCUGUAUACCCCAAAAUUCUGAUUUGAAAGAUAGAAAACAAAAAACAGCCAAAACAUCGGCACAAUCAUCUAAGGUAACUUCUGGUGAUGACUUACAUGACCGGCAUAAGAAAAUGAAAUACAACAUUCAUGAGCGAAACAGUGUGAGGUUUCUUAAAAGUAUCUUAAAGAAAGAAUCUAAAUAUGAACACGAUUAUCUUAAGACACUAAUUAUCAACCAGGCCUUUAUGUUCAGAAAUAAAACAGCUGAAGCUAUCCGAGAUAGUGUUGAACUGACAAAAGAAAAGGGGAAAGAUGCAGAAAUCCCAAAGACUAUUAAAAAGCUGAGGUGGUUUGAUGAAACUGGUAACACAGAAAACAGUGCUGGUAAUAGUCACUCACUGAAUAGCAGUCCAGGAGUGUCUCAGCAGCUUCACAUUAAAAGUGAAACUGGAAGCAACACAUGGGGUAUUCCUGACUGUGCUAUAAAUACUCUUGAUAGGAAAGCAUCCAAGCCUGAUUCUGUCUCAGAAAAUGUUGCUAAUUUAAGAGAAUCUGAAAAUGACAGUGUGCCUUUGAACUUUUUCAUAUAUUCAGAUCAUACCUUUACUAAACAAGCCUGGCCAGCAUGCAAAAGAGGAGAAAUCAAAACCCCUGUAUAUAAUGGUGACCCUAAGACUCAGAAAGUUAAACCCCAUGGAGGUGGGGCAAAAGGAAUUAGAAGAAUAGGGCCUGAAAAAGUCCAGCCAGGCUUAGAGUACGUGAACAGAAAAGGCACUAUCAUGCAGCCACAGUCUGCAAGCAAAGCCAGUAUGUUUGCUCAAACUCAGGGUAUGCUAAUUAUACCUCAUCCUCCCCCUAAACCACCAUCACACAUUAGAAGUGGUAAAAAUAUGCAAGUAUCUCAGUGUCAAUCAAUAAUGCCUGAAAAUUCUCAAAGCAUCAUGUCACAGAACUGCUUUAAUUCAGUGUAUGUGCUUCCAAGUGAACACAAGUCAUGUCAGUGGAAUGAAGAAAGCAGUCCUCCACACUCAGAUGUUUCUUCUGACCUGGUCACUGUGAUACCAACUCUACCAUCAUAUUAUUAUUCUGAGUGCCAAACUUUAGCCAAACCAAAUCAUUUAAAUAGAACUCAAAUGGUUUCGCAGCAAGAUGGGACUUUAUAUUGCACCCAAAGAAGUCCUGUUGGUGAGGAAAGUUCCCAGCCUGUGACUCAUGGGAAUACUGAAGAAGAGUCAAUCCUCUUGUGGAAACGAGGGAAGAACAGGCUGGGCCAAAACGAGAAGGUCACCGAUUCUGCUGUUACAAGAAGAAAACGAAUUGUUGGAAAUAAAUGGAGAACCCUUUUAGAUCAAAAAAGAAAAACUUCUGAAUCUGUGGGAAUGAAGUCUGGUGAACAAAGUUUUGUACAAAGUGUCCAGCUAAGUUCAAGUGAACCAAAACAAACUACAAGGGGUUCUUCUAAUACUGAAGAAGAUAGUAUUUUGGAUUUUUUGAUGGCUGAAAACCUAGUGAAAGUUUCAGUGCCUGAGGAUGAAAUUUUAACUGCCAUGAAGAGCAACGAGCUGCAGAAACCAAAUCCAUCUUUAAACAAGACCCAGAAGUUCAACAUCUGCACACUGUCAACUGAAGAACAAAAGAUCCUGCAGUCCCUCAGCCGUCUUAAUGAAAGGCUGUACAAUGUACAAGAAACCAUUUGCAAAAAUCCAUCCAUCAAAAAUGCUUUACAAUUAGUACCACUUCUGAAUAGCCAGCCAAGGAGCAGUACAUCUCCUGAUGUCAGAUCCCGAAUGCAAAGAAAACACUGGUGAAAUAUGACAUUGACUUAUUUAAUGGAAUCAUUAUUUUUGAGAAUCUCUUGUAAAUAUCUCAUAUAUUUAUAUACUUAUUAAUGAUUUAAAAAUACUAUAACUAUAAAAUUAGAUCAUAGUAUAGGUAAUGUAAAGAAAUUGAGUAGUUUAUAUUUAU